AUGUUCCGAGCCUUAGCAUUCGCACUCGCCACCCUGGCUCUGGCGGAUGACUUCCGCCCAGUCUACCAUUUUGUCCCUAAGGAGAACUGGAUGAACGAGCCCAACGGGUUGAUUAAGAUCAAAUCAACCUGGCAUCUGUUCUAUCAGCACAACCCAACGGCGAAUGUCUGGGGCAAUCUGAACUGGGGCCACGCAACCAGUAGUGACCUAGUCCAGUGGACUCACCAGCCCCUUGCCAUAACAAGCGAGAACGGCGUCGAAGCGUUCACUGGCACUGCCUAUUUUGAUGCCGAGAACACCUCUGGGUACUUUCCUUCCAACGGGACCCAGGACCAGCGUCUUGCCUUUAGUGUUGACGAUGGCGUGACCUGGACAAAAUACCCGGAAAAUCCCAUUAUCUCAGCCGCCCAGGAGUCGCCGCAUGAUACGACACAGGGGCUGGAAAGCCGUGACCCCAAGGACAAGCUGACGUUUUGGACAUCGUCGGACGCAAAGUCCUGGACGUGGAAGAGCGACCUCUCCGCUGACCAGAUUGACGGUCUACCCUCUGGAAUCACUGGGUGGGAGGUGCCUGAUAUGUUCCAGCUCCCUAUCGAGGGGACCGACGAGACCACCUGGGUGUUGAUUAUAACCCCGGCGGACGGAUCACCCGCUGGUGGUAAUGGUGUUCUAGCCCUGACAGGUUCCUUUGAUGGAACAACAUUCAAAGCUGACCCCGUCGACCCUUCUACUCUGUGGCUCGACUAUGGUCGUGAUUUUGACGGUGCCUACAGUUGGGAAAAUGUUGCUGCAGCAGAUGGGCGGCGUAUCCUUGCCUCUGUCAUGAACAGCUACGGCGCUAGCCCACCAACCAAGACCUGGAAAGGAAUGCUGUCUUUCCCUCGCACCAUUACCCUGAAGGAAACCGACUCCAAGCGAUACUUCCUUCAGCAACCUGUCACCGAGAUUGCCCUCGCUGGUUCCUCGCUGGCGACAAUCCAGAAUCAAACUAUUACCGCCGACAAACCGUUGCUGUCAUCCAUCCACGGAACCGCGUUAGAUAUUAAACUUGCCUUUACCAUCGACGCAGGCGCCAAAAUCUCUCUGAAAGUGCGCAAGGCUGCGUCGGAGCAGACAACAAUCCAGUAUGACCAGAAACACUCGACGAUAUCUGUUGAUCGAACGAUGAGUGGAGAUAUCUCCUACGACCCCGCUGCAGGUGGAGUCCACAGUGCUUCCCUGAAACCAGAUGGUUCUGGGGUUAUCAAUCUCCGUGUCCUAGUCGACACUUGCUCUGUGGAGGUCUUUGGAGGGGAAGGAGAAGUUGUGAUUUCAAACCUGAUUUUCCCUAGCGAGACCUCCGAUGGGCUGUCCCUGGAGGUUAUUGGGGGAUCAGCCGAUUUGCACUCUGUUGAGGUACGCGGUAUUUCCCUCAAGUAA